AGAAUAUGCAUCAGUGCAUGUACUACGCGCGUACACUCAAAUCACUGGUUGUGUAAAUAUUUAUUCUCAGUCACAAAAUCUCAGGUGAUUUCGAUGAAUGGAUACAAUUCCGCGGUAAAAACGCAAUUUUUAGUAAAAUCAUAAUUGUUUGUUAAAUUUUAAUCAAUUUGGGGUAUUUGUUACAAGAGUGUGGUUUUUGUGGUUUCCAUAAUUUUCGAACGAUUAUUGAUUGGAAGGAAGCUAUAAAUACCUAAAUCCAGAGCCAAAUCACAGUAUUCGUGAAAAUCCAAGGGAACAACCAAUUAGCAUUGGAGAAUUGUGCCGUUGUGAAAAUGAAUCUGAGUUCAAUAGUUUUCGGGUUAGUGUUGGUGGCCUUACUGCAAGUUGUCAAAAGUGAAAGUUUUGACUUUGAAGGAGAUGACAUGUGGGAGAGCCUGAAAGGAGUAGAGAAUGAAGCGGAUUACGAUAAUUUUGUUAAGGAUCUCGGUACACGCUCUUCGGGCGUAAAUGAAAGAUCUGCCAGUGAUUAUGAGAACCGGGCUGGGAAGCAUCCAAAAUUUAGACCCAGAUUCGAAAGACAAUUCCGUGAAAUAUUUCCAGAUAGAGAUUUCGAAGGAAAUUGUCCCCCAGGAUACCGUUCUGAUAGAACAGGACUCUGCCGCGAAAUUUGGUGAAUUUGAUGGAAAUAUGUAGGAAAUCAAAGAAUCUCUAAUAAAAUUUAAAUGGAUCUAAUAAAUCAAAAUGUAUUGUAAGAGGAA